CUUAGAUACAUUCCGGAGAGAACAGAGACAGACCAGAAUCACAAUCCUUCUUUCUGUCAUUGAUCUGAUUAAACGAAAGGUAGCUUCCAGCCUAUGAUCUUGUAUUAUCUGCAGCUAUCUGGCAACAACAACAUACUACAGAAAAGGGAACACAUUCAAUCUACUGAAGAUGAGUUGUGCAAGAGUUCUGCAUGCCUUUGGGAGUCACACCCAGCCCUCUUUGAUGCCAGUAUACCUUGCCCCAUGUCUGAGCCUCGGCCAGCACCAACCUCUUUACCAGCUGCUGUCCAAGACUCCUCGGAAGCUCUCACAGCGCCGUUAUCAGCCGGCCGACUGUCUGCCACGGAGCGGCCUUCACUCACGGCGUUCCUCUUCCCUCUUCCCUGCAUCCUCCUCACAGCCCUCCUCUCCUGUGUCCUCAGAGCCUCGGAGCUGCCUCAGCAGGGACGGCGGCGGUCUAAAGAAGAAGAGCGUGGUCUUUGCAGACACCGUCGGAUUGGCACUUACAGAUGUACGCCUGUUCGUCUCAGAGCCAUCUCCCCUUUCUUCUGGACCUGGCACAACGCCACACCUUGACGACAACCAGGGGCAGAACGAUAAGGUGUGCUUGGAAACAGAUGGAUCCAAUGGUCACCAGGAGGAAGCUUACCGUGGUUACACCAGACUUUCACAAUAUCGGCCUUUGCACACGACUCUCGGUAUUCAGAACUCUUCAGAUCCACAGUCUAUUCAGAGGGGUUUUAUCAAGAGUCAGAGAGUGGAGAGCAAAAGGUUUGGCUAAGCAGUUAAAUGAGACCACCCCCUCAACAGAACUAUGAUAACAUGUAAAUAAUUAACUAUUUAAAUAUUUAUUUAGAGUUACAUUUUUUAAGGGUGCAUGGACUUUCUAAAAUCUCCAGUGUUGGUUGGUCUGAAGCCCACCAUUAAAUAAAGUAUGUUUGACCUUUGGUUUUACACAGGAAACAAACAGCAGUACCCUGUGUGACAGUCCCAUGUUUGACCUUCUCCAUAUUGUUCCUGGGAAUUUGUGUGUUCACCAGGAAACAACAUCCUAAAUGUUUUCCAUUUGAUUUUCCAUUUCCGAGGUGGUGGCAUGAAAUAUGUUGAAAUUACCACCAAUGAGUUUGGUCAAGGGGUUGCAUUCAUUUUCUGUGAGAUCAGAUUGUCUCAAGCCUAUGUGUGAAUAAUAAAUGCAAUAUUGUUCUGAAUA